AGGGAUGGGCUAACUGAGGCACCAGACCACAACUCGGGUUGCGCCUCGAUUACAAACCAGUUUGGACAAAUCUGUUCGAGGGAGAAGAAAGUAGUGCGCAAUGAUGGCUGCUUACCAAAACCCAGAAGAUGACGCCAUGACACUGAUGGUCCACGACACCAACACGAGCAAAGAGAAAGAGCGGCCCAAAGAAGAACCGGUCCAGGAGAAGAUCUCGGAGAAGACCGACCCGUCCCAGAAGCCCCCGUACUCCUACGUCGCUCUUAUAGCCAUGGCGAUCCGGGAGAGCUCCGAGAAGCGACUCACGCUGUCCGGUAUUUACCAGUACAUCAUCAGCAAGUUCCCUUUCUACGAGAAAAACAAGAAAGGUUGGCAAAACAGCAUUCGGCACAAUCUGAGCCUCAACGAGUGCUUCAUCAAGGUCCCGCGGGAAGGCGGAGGCGAGAGAAAGGGGAACUAUUGGACUCUCGAUCCGGCGUGUGAGGACAUGUUCGAGAAAGGAAACUACAGGAGGCGCCGGAGGAUGAAGCGACCCUACAGACCUCCACCGACCCACUUCCAGCCCGGGAAAUCUCUCUUCGGCGGGGAUGGCUACGGCUACCUCUCGCCUCCCAAGUACCUCCAGUCCAGCUUCAUGAACAACUCCUGGUCGCUGGGACAGCCCCCCACCCCCAUGUCCUACACGUCGUGUCAGAUGGCCAGCGGCAACGUGAGCCCCGUCAACGUCAAGGGGCUGUCCGCGCCCUCCUCCUACAACCCCUACUCCCGGGUGCAGAGCAUGGCUCUUCCCGGCAUGGUGAACUCUUACAACGGCAUGAGCCACCACCACCACCACCACCACGCGCACUCCCACCACCCGCAGCAGCUGAGCCCGGCCGCCGCGGCGCCCCCUCCUCCCGUCCCCUCUAACAACGGAGCGGCGGCGGGCCUCCAGUUUGCCUGCUCCCGCCAGCCCGCCGAGCUGUCCAUGAUGCACUGUUCUUACUGGGAGCACGAGAGCAAACACUCGGCGUUACACACGAGGAUUGAUAUUUAAAUAACGUUCCACCAAAAGAAUUGUCUCUGACGUGAGGAGUCUGAAAGAAAGGGACUGCAGAGAUAUCAACAAAAAAUACAAAAGGAGAGUGUUUUUGUGGAGUGACAUUUGUGACGAGCUCUUGGGUCCAAUUUGACUGUGAUCAACUAAUGGGGGGGGGGAUAUGCAGGAGUGGAUGCUGAGAGUAUUAAAAUGGAGGUCGUGCAGAAGAGCGGCCGCCGCGAAACUUGAGGUAGCAGAACUUUUGGGAGCUAUUUUACGUCCUUGUCCGUCCCCGUCCCGUCCCCGUCCCUGUCCCUGUCCCUGUACCGUCCCCGUCCCCCGUUCGCCCGUCCCCCUUGGAUUGAAAGACGUGCUGUGGCUUUAUUGUAGUCUAUAUUGUGUUUUGAGACAUUUGUCAAAAGCUAUUCUUGAAGCAUUUCCAGUCGUGUGUCGGCGGUGCGCGAAGCCUACCCGUGGGCCAGCCGCGGGCCUGAACGCACAGUGUCUCACUACCGGUGCCAAAUGAGACAUUCAAAAUACGAUUAGAUGUAGGUCAUCUCUAAACAAUCACAUGUGUUAUUCUAUCAUGAUUCUACUCAGGCUGUGUUGAUACAACACACCGGGCUUAACCGGGGAGUGAAAUCCUUUUUUAUGUCAGUUUGGUGCCGUGUCUAAAAUUAGGAAAUGUGAAGAUGACCUCGGACACACUAAUUACGUACCAAUUAGUAGGCUAACAUUUCAUUAUCCGGUGCCAGGUUUGGUUUGUUUUUCUUUCUUUUUUUUAUAAAUGUAAUUGUGUUGUCUCAUCCACCUGGGACCAUGUUUAAUUCUAAUUAGCACUUUCCCUCUUUUCUAGGUUUGUGAAUUUCUUAAUAAACGUGUAUUUCUUAAAGUAAUGCAAUGAUCAUGACACAAUUUGUUAUUAGCGAUACUGACCAUUUAGCUAUUUGAUAAACACAAUUUACUUAUAAAAUGAACACUUAGACACAGUAAUAUAAGAAUGAAUAGGCCUACGUAUCCCAUUACAAUAUUAAUGUAUUAAUAUUUUAGGAUCAAUAUGUUGAUCCAUUCAACAUUCCAUGCUCAUCUAAAAUAAUAUGCAUUAUAUAAUGUUAUCUUUUGCUUCGAGGAAUUUUAAUCCUACCAGUUUUAAACGCUCUCUCUCUCUCUCUCUCUCUCGCUCUCUCUUACUCGCUCACUCUCUCUCUCUCUCUUUCUCUAUCGCUAUAUUUAGGCCUAUAUAAUAAUUAUACAUAAUUAACUGCUAAUCUAAACGUCGAUGGGUGUAUCUGAGAGCUUGUUGGAAAGCCAAACAGGGGAUCCCUCAGGAGAGACAGAAGCUGGUCAAAAUAAGGUCGCCUUGAGACACUAUUAAAUCGUUACACAUUUGAUAUAUUGGAAUUUAGGAUGCGCCAAGGAAGAAAUCAAAUACAAAACCCUGCACAGGGUGAAUAUUUUAGCAAUAAUAAUAAUAGCCUAUAUUAAUAAUU